AACAGCCAAAAGCUAAGUUAUGGCUUCUCUAUCUUCUCUUCUAUCAGUCUCCCCAUAUUCUGGAUGCAAAAUUCAGCCAUCCGUUAUUCCUUUAAACAAAAGACGUAGUGUUAAUAAUUAUGUCUCAUGCAAAGCCUCUAAUAAUGGAGAAGAUUCUGUAAACAAAUUUGAUCGUAGAGAUAUGUUGUUUGGACUUGGAAAUCUUUAUGGCGUCGCCACUCUCAGUGGCAAGGACAUUGCAUUGGCAGAUGAUUGGUCAUUGUCGCCCGACGUCCAUAACUGUAAACCAGUGAAACCCUCCGCCGUCGGCAAGAAGAUGGACUGUUGCCCACCAAAGAUCAAAGAAAUCAUCGAAUUCACCCCGCCGGUUGUCCCAACACCCCGUGUUCGACCCGCCGUCCAUUUGAUGACCCCCGACCAAAUCGCGGAUUUGGAAAAAGGCAUUCAAAUGAUGAAAAUGCUCCCAGAAGACGACCCUCGUAGCUUUGCGCAUCAAGCUAAAGUUCAUUGUGCCUAUUGCGACGAUGCCUACAAACAAAUGGACUCAACAAUGGAUUUUCAAGUCCAUGAAAACGCCUUGUUCUUCCCUUUUCACCGUGCAUAUCUUUAUUUCUUUGAGAGAAUCUUAUGCCAUUUGCUUGAGAAACCUGAUUUCGCCAUACCUUUUUGGAAUUGGGAUGCACCACCGGGGAUGUGCAUGCCUAAGAUAUACACCAAACCAAGUUCAUCACUCUAUGAUGAGAACCGUGAUAAAUGUCACCAACCACCCAAAUUGCUUAACCUCAACUACGGUGGAAAGGAAGUCAAAGAUCCUGAGAUCGUAGAUUUCAAUCUUCGUUGGAUGAAUGAUCAGAUGAGUGUGGAGACUGCUAAGGAGUUCCUUGGAAAAGUCAUCAAACGUGGGAAUGGUCCUGAAAAUGGCUCGGGUAGCAUUGAAACGUCUCCCCAUAAUAACAUUCACAUUUGGGUUGGAGAUCCAGAGGCUACAAUUCAUGGAGAAGACAUGGGACAUUUUUACUCUGCGGGAAGAGAUCCGUUGUUUUAUGCUCACCAUGCCAACGUGGAUCGCAUGUGGAAUAUUUGGCAAAAAAUGAAGGAUCGACCAAGAGAUCACACCGACAUGGAUUGGUUGAAUUCAUCGUUUGUGCUUUACGAUGAGAAUCGAAAGGCUGUGCGUAUCAAAGUCUCUCAGUGUUUGGACAGUAAAAUCCUUGGAUAUGUUUAUCAAGACGUUCCCAUUCCAUGGAAGGACACCCCGCCAAUCCGGCGACCAAAGCAGGAAAGAAGUCUAGGUAACUUGCCUCCAACCAUCGACUUCCCUCAGAUUCUAAGUUCGGACAUAACCACAAUGGUAGAUAGGCCAGAAGUAGCAAGUCCUGAAGAUACAAUAAACAAAAAUGAGGUGUUGGUGCUUGAAGAUGUGGAGUAUGAUCCAACUCUACCAUUACAUUUUGAUGUGCUGCUUAAUGUUGGUGAUGAAGGGGAGGACGUGCGCGCAGGGCAUAUUGAGUUCGUGGGGACCUUCACGAACGUCCCGCACGGUCGCACGACGUAUCACAAAACCUCUUUGCACUUUGUUAUAACCAAGAAGAUUCAACAGUUGGGUUUGGAGGGUGAUAAAAAAGUGGCUGUGAAGAUUGUCCCCAAUGUUAAUGGAGGAGAUAGAAUCAAGAUUGGAGGGAUCAAGAUUCAACUUGAAGACAUCGAAUAAGCUUGCCUUUUGGUGUCUUUGAAUUUGUGUUAUAGUAUUUUAAUAAAUUUGUGGAUGCAUCCCAUUGUGUGUUAUACUAGUACACUUUCAUGUACGUACGUGUUGGACUUUAACUUUAAAAUAAAGUCAGUUCCUAAAUAUGUUUACUGUC